AUGAAUACACUUUCAAUACGUGAUCUUUGUUGCCUUUUUUGUUGUCCACCUUUACCAUCACGUAUAGCUGCUAAACUUGCUUUUCUUCCACCCGAACCAACUUAUUCUUUAAUAUCAGCUGAUAAUCCUACACCUGUUAACAGUACUAAUGAUCCAACAGCAGCAGCAGCAGCAUCAUCGUCGAAAUCUCUACGAUAUACAAUGAUUUUUUCUGAAAAAGCCGAAUGGCAACAUUCAACUAGUGAUAUGACUAAAUUAGAACCAUAUUUUGUUACAACAUCACGUCACAAUCAAAUAGCUUGUGUUUAUGUUAAAUGUACACCGAAUCCAAAAUAUUAUAUUCUAUUUAGUCAUGGAAAUGCUGUUGAUCUUGGUCAAAUGUCUAGUUUUUUUAUCGUUUUGGGUACACGUUUACAAUGUAAUAUAUUUAGUUAUGAUUAUUCCGGUUAUGGUGCUUCACAAGGAACAGCAAGUGAAAAAAAUAUGUAUGCAGAUAUUGAAGCAACAUAUAAUUCAAUUAAACAACGAUAUCACAUUCCCGAAGCGAAAAUUAUUCUCUAUGGGCAAAGUAUAGGUACUGUACCAACGAUUGAUUUAGCAUCACGUUUUAAUGACUGUUGUGCAGCAUGUGUAUUACAUAGUCCAUUAACAUCAGGCAUGCGUGUUGCAUUUCCUGAAACAAAACGAACAUGGUGCUGUGAUGCAUUUCCUUCAAUAGAUAAAAUUCAUCGAAUACGUUCGAUUGUUUUAAUUAUACAUGGUACAGAAGAUGAUGUUAUUGAUGUUAGUCAUGGUUUUGCACUUUAUAAUCGAGUACAUGUACAACAUCAAACAGAUCCAUUAUGGUUGGAUGGUGCUGGUCAUAAUGAUAUUGAAGCACAUGGCCAAUAUGUUGAAAGAUUAUUACGAUUGAUUGAUAUCGAUAUUCCACAAAUACGUUUGAAAAAACAACAAGAGCAAGAACCAAAUAAUCAGCAACCACAACAACAACAACAACAAUCGAUAACAACACCACCUACACUUGCAUCGACACUUAUUAUACCAGCUUCAACAACAAAUAAAGCAAAUUAA